AUGAAGUGCAGAGUAACCUUGAGUGAGAGAGCAGUGGAAUAUCUCAGCAAAAGUUUGACCGAGAAAUAUGGUGUCCUAAACCAACAAAUGGACAAGGUGAUUCAUGACGCAAACUCAGAAAUAUCGACUCUGCAAAACCGCAUUUCAGGUAUUAUCUUCCUCCCCCAGUCUUCGAUGAACUGUGGCUUAUGCGCCACUGUAGAAAUGCAAAUAAAUCAGGAGCAGCUGCAAAAGAAGAACUAUGAGCUAGUUGAGAUAUAUCGAGAUAAAUGCAAGAAGCAUGCCCAAGUAACGAACCUCUACAAUCUCCUUAAAAACCAGGCGAUGAGGUCUCAGAUUCAAACAGCAGCAUCGGAUUCCGUAAUCCAGGUCCUUGAGUCCCUUGGUGGAAGGGCCAACUCCGGCUCAGGCGCAGAUGAUUUGUUCCGUCCUUCAACCUCUCUGGCUCCAUCUCCUCGACGUAGCCCUGCCAGGUAUCCAACGGCAAAUUCAGGAAUCGAACAACUGCACCGCCAUCAAAGGAGUGGGAGUGGAAGUAUCACGAAAAAUCGCCUAGACUCCGCGGCAAUGCCUCCUCCUAGCGCCACAUUAUUACCAGCGACGCCGCAACAUCGCACCAGGCUCCCUGGCCCUCCAUCUUCGACCCAGAGGCCUGAUUGCCAGGAGCGUCAACAACAUGGCUAUACACCAAACACUCAGAUUUUCCCUGCUCCGCAACGAUUCGCGCCCGCAGGCGUUGAUAGCAGAUUUUCUAGCAUUAACUCUGGCAACUAUGGCCUGAGUUCUGGCAUCAAAAUCGGCCGCCCCUCUGACGCCUCCACCGAGGGUUCUAAUCCUCGAUCCAACAUUUUCGGGAUAGGAAGCAUGAUGGGGAAUGACAAUUCCCAUUAA